CGUGCUGUGCUGUUGAAUUUGCAAAAUUUCGUGGACGUGGCUGGUCGUGUGUGCGUGUUUUCGCGUUUCUUAUUGCCUCCCCACCCGCGAUAGAAAGUGAACCCAUCCUUCGCGAUAGUGUUAAUCGGUUUUUUCGUUGCUGUAUUUCCUUUCCAACCCAAUCGUUCCCUUCAAGCUUCACGAACCGAUUAAGAGGAAGGUGGAGGAAGGUCGAACGUUUUGUGUCGAACACAGGGCGCGACGAAGGACGGUGCAGACGGGAGGAUAAGAUAAACGGGGGUGAAAAAAAGAAACGAAACCCCUGCAGCAGACCUGCGUGCGUGCGUGCGUGUGUUUUCACCCAUCCGUUUCUUUCCACCUAGGACCAGGGGGGUGGGCUAUGUGUCUGUCUUCGGAUGGAAUAUUCGAUUAGCUUCGAUGCAUCCCAGCAGUCGCCGUCGUCGUCGCCGUUGCCAGACACCGCCAGACACUGCAGUGUCCGUGUAAAAACCGUGCUUUUGGCCUGACCGUCUUUGGGCUUAUGUGUGUGUGUGUGCGCGCGUGAUUCGUGUGUUUUCCGUAAUCAAUAAAAUCCGGUACGACGAAAACCAGCAGCAGCGCUACCACCACUACCACCCUUCAUCGUGCAGUGCGUGCUCUUUCUCUCUGUGUGUGUUUGUGCUACUAUCGCAGUGUGCGUGUGUGUGUGUGAGAGAGUGUUGUGUGAUUGGCAACAAAAACAAAGCCUACUUGACACGGUCGGAAGUGAAACAGAGACUGCUGCCGCACACAAUCGCUGCUUGCCGUCCAUAGAAGAAAGAGGUGGUCGUCGUUUGUCGUCGACGUGGUGUGUGGUCACAUCAAUCGUCAUCAUCACCAUCAUCAUCAUCACGGACGAUCAUUUCGGGGGUUCUGUUUUGUAUUCCGUUUGCCGAAGAAGUGGCCUUCAGGCGUGUUGUGACGCAGCGUACAAUCUUCUGCCCGUGUGUGUCUGUGUGUUUGUGUAAGUGUAUAGGGGAACAAGGGCGACCAGAGAGAGAUGUCCGAAACGCCCAUGCCCGGGAUGGCGAAACCUGCCACCCCGACACCACUGCUCGGCCCGUCCGUGGUCGUGCCCGGUGGUGUGGUAGUGGCCCCUGCCGUCGCCGCCGUUGCAGCGGCCACUGUCCCGGCAGCGACCGUCAAUGCGGCCGCCGCCGCCGCCAGCCUCGCCAGCGCCAAUCCGAACGGUGGAUCGAGCACGUCCGUGGCGGCCGCCGCAUCCCAGGCCGAGCCGGACAUGAAGGGCUGGCUGCUCAAGUGGACCAACUACCUGAAGGGCUACCAGAAGCGGUGGUUCGUACUGUCCAAGGGUGUGCUGUCCUACUACAGGGCUGAACAUGGAGCCGGAUCGUAUGCUGGGGGCAGGAGUGCCGCGGGCAAAUUAUCUAUAAGACGCCGCAGGAAAGGUCCCCGACCCGAGAGCAAAGGAACCAUGAUGCAAUGCUUAAGAGCCCCACGUUCGCCAACUAGAUUGGUGGUACCCACCUCCUCCCUGCCCGACUCGAAUAGCCUUAGCAGCAAUAAUGCGCUGAUGAAGAAGCAUAGCAAAAAGCUGAAAAAAAAUCAGGCCGAAAUGGCGCACACAUGCCGCGGGACGAUAUCGCUGCACGGGGCCCUCAUCCACACGGUCGACUCCUGCACCUUCGUCAUCUCGAACGGCGGCACGCAGACAUUCCACAUCAAGGCCGCGAACGAGGUCGAGCGGCAGUCCUGGGUGACGGCGCUCGAGCUGGCCAAAGCGAAGGCAAUCCGCGCCAUGGAAAGCGACGAAGAGGAGGAGGACAAUACGGCCAACACGAUACCGAGCGAGGAGCUGAAUUUGGUCGUGCGCGAGCUGACGGUGCGGUUAGAAAAUCUGAAAACCUGCUACGACCUGAUCACCAAGCAUGGGGCCGCCCUGCAGCGCGCCCUGUCCGAGCUGGAGACGGGCGACGAUCUGGCGAACAAGACGAAAAUCGUCAGCGAGCGGGCGACACUGUUCAGAAUAUCAUCCAAUGCUAUGAUCAAUGCCUGUUCCGACUACUUACAAACGGCGCAGACACAGGGCCACAAAUGGUCCAAGAUGUUGCAGCACGAACGUGACCAGAAGCUGCACCUGGAGGAGAUGGUCGAGCAGCUAGCGCGGCAACAUUCGCACCUGGAGCAGGCCGCCACCCGUCACAGGCCAAACGCAGCCACAUCCGCAUCGGAUGACGAAGAUAACGAGUUCUACGAUGCACAGGAGGAAGGCGGCUCUGUCACGCAGGAAGAUAGCUCAUUCAUACUAAACAUACCGGUCACGACGCAUCACAACCAUCGGCGGAACUCGAACGACGCCACCGGAAGCUCAUCGGAAGGGGAGGACGGCAAUAGUGAAACGCAGCAAGUAUUAGUGGUCGCCGAGAAUCUAGACAAUAUGGAUGUGACCGAUAGGAUAUCUGUACAUAGUAGCCAAGCACUAACACCAACGCUAGCGAACCAAUCGAAGGUGGUGCGCAAGCGGCGGACCCGCGUCCCCGACAAGCCCAACUAUCCGCUCAACCUGUGGUCGAUCAUCAAGAACUGUAUCGGCAAGGAUCUAUCGAAGAUACCGAUGCCGGUCAAUUUUAACGAGCCACUAUCGAUGCUACAAAGAUUGACGGAAGAUUUCGAGUAUUCGGAAAUACUGGACAAGGCGGCACAGGCAAAGGAUACCUGCGAGCAGCUCGCGUACGUGACAGCAUUUACCGUGUCCAGCUACUCGACCACCAGCAACCGUACCGGCAAACCGUUCAACCCGCUGCUGGGUGAAACGUACGAAUGUGAUCGCACCGAUGAUCUCGGCUGGAGGUGCAUUAAUGAGCAGGUAUCCCACCAUCCACCGAUGGCCGCCCAGUACUGCGAGGGGCGGGGCUGGCGCUGCUGGCAGGAGUUCACGAUGACGUCCAAGUUCCGCGGCAAGUACAUCCAGAUCGUGCCGCUCGGCUAUGCGCACGUCGAGUUUCCCGCCACCGGCAACCGGUACACCUGGCGCAAGGUGACGACGACCGUGCACAACAUCAUCGUCGGCAAGCUGUGGGUGGACAACCACGGCGACAUGGAAAUCUUCGGCGAGCGGAACGCGAAAGGCGUCAAAUGUCACCUGAAGUAUCUGCCGUACUCGUACUUUACGCGCGACACGCAGCGGCGCGUCAAGGGCGUCGUGAUGGACAGCUCCAACCAGGUGAAGUGGGUGGUGAACGGUACGUGGGACAGCAAGAUCGAGAUAGCGCCCGUGACGUCGACGAGCGGCUCGACGGAGAACCCGGUGUACAAGACGGGCAACUACAAGACGGCCUGGACGCGCCGCAUGCCGCCGCCGGACAGCGAUCGGUACUACAACUUCACCCUGCUGGCCUGCCAGCUGAACGAGCCGGAGCCGGGCGUGGCGCCGACGGACUCGCGGCUCCGGCCCGACCAACGCCUGAUGGAGGACGGCAAGUGGAAUGAAAGCAAUCAGGAGAAGCUACGGUUAGAGGAAGGUCAGCGCGCACGUCGCCGGCAGCGUGAGGCCGAGGCGGAAACGGCCGCAGCGGAAGGUCGCCCCUAUCCACCGUACGAACCGAUCUGGUUCGGCAAGGAGAAGGAAGAGGGUACGGAUAAUCUAGUGCACGUGUACAAUGGCACCUACUGGGACGCGAAAGCUAAAGGGGACUGGUCGAAAUGUUCAACCAUUUUCUAAGCGCGCCCUUCCGGUGGCGCCCCCAAAAGGGCAAAAUGGUGUGCAACGUGAGCGUCGUCACCUCCCAUUUAUACUCCAAGCAAAACCAAUGCUUCUUUUCCUAAUGACCUAAACGUGUCGGUGAUAAAGCGAGAGAUAUAGAGGGAGAGAGAGAGAGAGAGGGGGGAUAUUGUGUGGUAAGCAUGUCGUGGUAAAUUGUGUAUCUAUUUAAAGGCAAAGUUAAAUCAUCAAAUACAGGAUUCUUUACAUGUUCGAAUAACACGCAACUCCUUAACCGCAGCAGCAACAGGGGCAGUAAGUCCAGGUGGAUAAAGGAGGAAAAGAGAAAGUGUGCGCACCUUUGUCGCCGCUUUUAUUAGCAAAUAUGUAUUGCCAUGAUUCUCCAAUCCCUCUGUAUUGGUUUAGCGUGAAGAAAAGAAGAGGAAAGUAAUAAAUUGGGAAACGAAGCGGAGCGCAUUUUUUGUAUACCACCUACCAGAACACGAAUCGGCACCAGGGCGAAUGGGAUUGUGCAAGAAAAACAAAAAAAAGGUAAUAGGACAAGUACACUGGGACAGGGGGAGAGGGCUAAUCUAAGGGGUGCAAGGGUGCAUAUGUGUGUAAGGCUCGGGCGCAUCAGAUUAGAAAUAGACCGAGCUUUUUCCAAUGUUACAGGAUGAUAGCAGGAGGACGAGCAGGAUGGUUUGUCCAAAGUGGCGAAAAGCAACCAACAGAAAAGCUGCAGUAGUUGAAACUUUCUAAACUGAUACGAAAAGAAAAACGUGAAAAAAGGAAGAAAACGAUUCUCAUGUAAGCAAAACCAAACAAAAUAGUCCUUAUACUGUGUUGUACAGAGAGAUAAAAGGAGAGAAAGGAAGAAGUAGAAGAAGAAGAAGAAGAAGAAGAAGAAGAAGCGAUAACUAACAAACUUCCCUCCUUCCUUCCCAAAACAAAAACAGAGGGUAAAAUAUUAAUUAAAUAUUAUAAAUUAGCAAUUAGUCUCUCAGAAGAAGAAAAAAAGAAGUUAUGAGAGUGUUGCUAUAUUACUGUGUUUGUUUCGUUCUCUUGAAUAUAUGAUAGUUGUACUACACUACUGUGUUAGUGAGUUGUUA